UUCCUCCUCCUCCACGGUCUCAUCCCCACUGAGAGCAAAUUGGAAAAAUACUCCACCCUUCAGAAUCAAAGGAAACAAAGGGGCGCUAGCCGCUUGCCUGGAACCUUUCCCAGCUCUAUCGCGCCACCCCGUACAAAUCUGGUCUCCUCCACUUUUUCGUUUGAGCGGGGCAGGAGGUAAGCGAGCCCAGCCUUAGUAACGCCCCACCCCCGUCCUUUUCCCCUGAGCAGUAGCCUUCCAGGCGGGGAGUACCUCAGCCUCCCACCCCCCGUGGUAUCCUAUUCCCGCCCUGCCCGUCGAGUCCCCUCGCUCUCUUCUGAGGCACCUCCCUCCCUCCGUCCUUGCCUGCCUUUCUUCCUGCUGCGCCAAUGCCUGGGAUAGGGGCUGUAGGAGCUCGGUGCAGGCACCGCCCGAGGAGGCGCCCCAACAAGGCCGAGGCGAGCGACCACCACGCCGCCGCCUCCGGAGAGAGCGCCAUGGACGCGGCCAUCUGGAUCUACCAGUUCCGCUUGAUCGUCCUGGGCGACUCGACAGUAGGCAAGUCCUGCCUCUUGCACCGCUUCACCGAGGGCCGCUUUCCCGGGCCGAUGCACUCGGAUCCCACCGUCGGGGUGGAUUUCUUCUCCCGCUUGGUGGAAAUCGAGCCGGGCAAGAGGGUCAAGCUGCAGCUCUGGGACACGGCGGGCCAGGAGAGAUUCAGAUCAAUCACGCGCUCUUAUUUCCGAAAUUCGGUUGGAGGCUUGCUGGUAUUUGACAUCACUAAUCGGUCUUCUUUUGAACAUGUGUAUGAUUGGCUGGAUGAAGCUAAGAUGCAUGUGCAGCCUUUCCAGAUUGUGUUUAUCUUAGUGGGACACAAAUGCGACUUGGAGACGGAACGCCAGGUUAUGAGAGAGGAAGCAGAGGAACUGGCAUCCGCCUGCGGCAUGAAAUACAUAGAAACAUCAGCCAAAGAUGCCACAAAUGUUGAAGAAUCCUUUGCUGUCCUUACUAAAGACAUAUACGAACUUGUGAAAAAAGGAGAGAUUUCAAUUCAAGAUGGAUGGGAAGGUGUGAAAAGUGGCUUUGUUCCAAAUGUUGUACAUUCCUCAGAGGAGGCUGCCUUACUCGGAGACCAAUGCCCUUGCUAAAUUGUUUGCAUGCCAAAGAACCAUACUAUAUCAGGUGUUUGGAGAAUAAGGCCAGGUUAUAUACAAAAGAUUAUGUUAAUAUGAAGAUGCAUUAGUUCGGGGUAAGUGACAUCUGGCUUCUGAGUUGCUUACAACUCCUGCAAUACUUAAGUGUGGCUCGCCUGCUCCUAUCCUGGGAAUCACAGCUUUUGAUUAAAAAGCAAAGUACAUUUCUAGUAAUUAAACAUGGGAAAGGCAAUGAAAACAGAGGCAGGUUAAAAACGAAAGUCUGAAUUAUUUGUGUUCCAAUUUUGUGAUUUUUUAAAAAAAGUAAUCAAGAUGUUUUUAAAAGCAGUCUCAGGUUUAUUCAGCCUUUGUUGCCAGUCAUUUUUCAGAAUGUUGAAAUUAUUAUUUUUGUCACGAGAAGUGCAGCCUAUCUACCACCCUAUAGUUUUGUAACCACCAUCUGCAUGAAAAUGAUAUGCAAAUUAUGUGAAUUAUCUGCAGCAAAACUUGUGCAGUUCUGCAGUGAUCCUCUGGCUCCUCAUGUAUUUUUCAACGUGGUCCUCAAUGCUAGCCAUGUCAUACACCUACAUGGGAUCAUCAGCUCUGAGAUAUAACAGCCUAUCCAAACCGCAAGAUGAAUGUUGUGUUCUGCUUUUUUGUACCCUUGUGUAAGAGGGAGCCUUAUUUUUCACAGUGAACCAGUUUGAUUGGCCUGGUUAUAAUAUGAUUUCCAACAAAAUUGUGCAGUGGAUUCCCAGCUCUCCCCCUCUCAAGAGAAUCUUUGUACUGCUGACCAAGCCUGGAAGUGGGGGAGUUUCAGAAGUGGAGAAGGAAUGAAGGGCAACUCCCCACACAGUCAUGAGAUCUUCCCCUGUUGUACUAUAUAGCAGUAGAGGGCUGCCAGCUCCAAAGCUGAGUAUUUUAUAACUAUAAAAUCAGAGGCAGGGGGUACAGAGUCCUGGAGAUGGGAAAUACAUACCCCCAAUUUCCUUCCACCAGGAGACUUAUUAUACACUGGCAGAGACUUAAACAAGUCAAUGCACUCUCUGCCCACACCAUUUCCCUUUUUGGUUUCCAAGUGACACAUGAUUCAUUCAGUCUGUUUGACUUCCGGUUUAUUUAGAUUCUCCUCUGCCACUCCUGUCAGGGGACACCAACAUUUUGUAAAAUGGCCAGUUCCUGUUGGAAUGUUUUUGGGUGUUUUUUUAAAAAGUCAUUAUCUUUUAAUUCACAAAUCUGUGAAUUAAACCUAGGGCAUUCACUGAGUACAUAGAAGCCACUCCCUUAUUUUUGAGUAACCCUGUUUCACUUGCAAACCACUGAGUUUAGUGUUACUAGAGGGAAUAAUAUAUGUAUCAGCAAAAAAAAAGCAAAAAAAGUGGCAAGAUAUUUUCUACAGUGUUCUUAUUACCAUUUUUAUUAAGCUUUUUAGACUUCACAUUUUGAAAAGAGGUUAAAAUAAAACUAUGGACUGUGGACUGUGUUCUGAGUAAUCCCUGCUUUGAUUCGCUUGGUCUUAUUUCUGAGAAACAAGAACCUGGUGGAGCAUGUUGACCUGUUUUGUCAUCUUUUGUGAGACUUGACUGCACACACUUGAGUUCUCCUGCCCAUCGAGGCCUCUCUAUUAACUUAAGUGGAGGGAUAGCUUCAUGCAUGUAUAAGGAAGCUGAGACAGACAUAGGUAUGCCCCUGUGUACAUUGUAGCGCAUAUAGCUCUGCAUCAGUGCCAUGCUCAUUUCUAUUGCAAUUCUGUUCAU